GCAGGGGUAGAAGUCAGCAGCAGCGGCGUGCCGUUCCUCUCACGGUGCGCCUCCAUCUCCUCCAGAUGUUUCUGGCUCCUCCCAGACAAGCUUAGUAAAACAUUCCAGCCCACCUCUGGGAAUCUGCUGGCUCCUCCGCACACGCUCGCCCAGCUCCAGUCGGGAUUUCACGGCAACCAAAGAAGGCACAAAAAUGAGAGGACUUGUGGUCUUGGUCACCCUGGCCUGCCUUGCCACUGCCCAGCACCAGGCACUGAUUGACUACUUGGAGCGGCGGCUGCUCGCUAUUGAGGACAGGAUCUCCCUGUGGCACGAGCAGACCGCCCGCUAUGCCUCGGAGCUGCGGGAGCUGAAGCAGCAGAUGGUCUCCCAGCUGGAGAACCUGGACAAAGAAAAAGAGACGCUGAGAAUGAACCUGGACGGCGUGGGGACGAGGGUGGACCGGGUGGAGCGGGAGCUGGACUACCUGGAGACUCAGAACGGGGCGCAGCCGUGCGUGGACGUGGACGACAAGCUGAUCGAGCAGCAGGUGACUCUGGUGGAGGAGAAGCAGAAGGCCAAGUACUCCAAACACUCGGACUGCAGCGACAUGAUCUCCACAAUAAAAGCCAUGAAGAUCCUGAAGCGAGUCGGCGGGCCGAAGGGCAUGUGGACCAAAGACACCAGCAGGAGCUCUGGGAAGGUCUACGUGUUCAACGGGACGGAAGAAGACACCGUCUACGAGUUUGGCUCAGUGCAGGACUUCACCCGCUCAGCCGGCCUGUCUCUGUCCACGGAGCUGACGCUGCCCUCGGCCUGGGCGGGAACCGGGCACGUGGUCUACAACAGCUACGUCUAUUACGUCAGGCAGGAGGAGGAGGUGAUGGUGGCCAAAUACGACAUCAAGAGCCGGUCGAUGACGGACAGCGCCGUGUUCCCGGUGCAGGACCACGUCCCCGUGUACAGCCUGAGCCCCGAGACCGUCAUGGACCUGGCGGUGGACGAGGAGGGGCUGUGGGCCAUAUACUCCACGCGGCAGAACGACAGACACAUCUCUCUGGCCAAGGUGGACGCCGUCUCGCUGGACAUUGAGCAGAUGUGGGACACGAACUGUCCGAGGGAGAACGCAGAGGGGGCGUUCGUCAUCUGCGGCACGCUGUACGUGGUUUACAACACCAAGCAGCCGGGGCGCUCGCGGGUGCAGUGCGUGUUCGACGUCAACGACGUGAUGGUCAGCGAAGAGGCGCCGCUGGUUUACUUCCCCAAACGCUACGGCUCGCACGCCAGCUUGAAGUACAACCCGCAGGAGCAGCUGCUGUACGCCUGGGACGACGGAUACCAGAUCCUCUACAAGCUCAUCAUGAAGAAGAAGCUCGAAAUCUGAGCUCAUCGACACCAAACCAUUUCAAUUCUGCUUAUUUUAUUUGAGUGACGUCUGACUGGUGAUCGUUUUUGAUUUCCAUAGUGUUUUGUGUGUAAUUGCAAAAAUUCAUAUUAUUGAAACAAAAUUGAUCAAAGUUCUUCAAUGACUAAGAAGUUUACUUUUUUUUUUUUCAUUUUCGUUCCAGUAGCUGGUGAAUUUUAGUCGUUUCCACAAUUAGUUGAUCACAUGAGGACCUUGAUUGAAGAUGAUUUAUUUGUUCAUUUUGAUAAUCAAGUUGAAAUACUGAGGAUAUUUUUUUCAUGAACUGAAGCAAACUAUUGGAUUGAUACACAUGCAAACUGUGUAUGAAGAUGUGUGUGUGUGUGUGUGUGUGUGUGUCACAAUGAGAUGCAUCUCUGAACAUCAAAGGUAUAUAUUGGUAAUUCUUGAAAAUAAAUGUGAUUCCAUGAACUCCGACUGCCUGACUUGGUAAUGAAUGGGCUGAUUGUGGAAAAAGUCAACACCUUUUGAGGCAUAAAAAGAUAAGUGGUUUUUCAGACUUAUCAAAAAGAAGUUGUACAACUUCAUUUGAAGGCCGGUUAAUAACCCCAUUCAUCGUGAGCUGCUUAAUAUCGCACUGUGUGUUCAAGCA